GGCGGCGGGAGGCGGGGGGGCGCGGCGGCGGCGGCGGCGGCGGCGGCCGCGGCUGCUGCUGCGGCGGCGGCGGUGGUGGCGGCGGUGGGGUGGCGGGAGCGGAGCGGCAUGGCCACGGCGGCUUCUAACCCCUACCUGCCGGGGAACAGCCUGCUCGCGGCCGGCUCCAUUGUGCACUCGGACGCGGCAGGGGCCGGCGGCGGAGGAGGUGGCGGCGGCGGCGGCGGCGGGGGAGGUGCAGGGGGCGGCGGCGGCGGCAUGCAGCCGGGCAGCGCCGCCGUGACCUCGGGCGCCUACCGGGGGGACCCGUCCUCCGUCAAGAUGGUCCAGAGUGACUUCAUGCAGGGGGCCAUGGCCGCCAGCAACGGCGGCCAUAUGCUGAGCCACGCGCACCAGUGGGUCACGGCCCUGCCCCACGCCGCCGCCGCCGCCGCAGCUGCCGCCGCCGCCGCGGUAGAAGCGAGCUCGCCGUGGUCGGGCAGCGCGGUGGGUAUGGCCGGCAGCCCCCAGCAGCCGCCGCAGCCGCCGCCGCCACCACCGCAGGGCCCCGACGUGAAGGGUGGCGCUGGGCGCGACGACCUGCACGCCGGCACAGCGCUGCACCACCGCGGGCCGCCGCACCUAGGACCCCCACCGCCGCCCCCGCAUCAGGGCCACCCCGGGGGUUGGGGGGCCGCCGCCGCUGCAGCCGCUGCCGCUGCAGCCGCCGCCGCCGCCGCCCACCUCCCGUCCAUGGCCGGGGGACAGCAACCACCGCCGCAGAGUCUGCUCUACUCGCAGCCCGGGGGCUUCACCGUGAACGGCAUGCUAAGCGCGCCCCCAGGGCCCGGAGGCGGCGGCGGCGGCGCGGGUGGCGGCGCCCAGAGCCUAGUGCACCCAGGGCUGGUGCGCGGGGACACACCGGAGCUGGCCGAACACCAUCACCACCACCACCACCACGCACACCCGCACCCGCCGCACCCGCACCACGCGCAGGGACCCCCGCACCACGGUGGAGGCGGCGGCGCGGGGCCGGGACUCAACAGCCACGACCCGCACUCGGACGAGGAUACGCCGACGUCGGACGACCUGGAGCAGUUCGCCAAGCAGUUCAAGCAGCGGCGCAUCAAGCUGGGUUUCACGCAGGCGGACGUGGGGCUGGCGUUGGGCACGCUGUACGGUAACGUGUUCUCGCAGACCACCAUCUGCCGUUUCGAGGCCCUGCAGCUGAGCUUCAAGAAUAUGUGCAAGCUCAAACCGCUGCUAAACAAGUGGCUGGAGGAGGCGGACUCGAGCACUGGCAGCCCCACCAGCAUCGACAAGAUCGCGGCCCAGGGCCGCAAGCGCAAGAAGCGGACCUCCAUCGAGGUGAGCGUCAAGGGCGCGCUCGAGAGCCACUUCCUCAAGUGCCCCAAGCCUUCGGCGCAGGAGAUCACCAACCUGGCCGACAGCCUGCAACUCGAGAAAGAGGUCGUGCGGGUCUGGUUCUGCAACCGGCGCCAGAAAGAAAAGCGCAUGACACCACCCGGGAUCCAACAGCAGACGCCAGACGACGUCUACUCGCAGGUAGGCACCGUGAGCGCCGACACACCACCACCGCACCACGGGCUGCAGACGAGCGUGCAGUGAAGGCCAAGGGCGCAGCGCGAAGAGGGCCGCCGCCUCCGCAGCCGCCUCCGCAGCCGCCGUCAGCACCGCCACCGCCCCCGCUGCUGCCGCCGCCGCCGCCGUCGCCGUGCCGCCGCCACCACCGCUGCCGCCGCGCCGACCCUGCACCUGGGCCGCACCGGGCUCCAGCCCGGGCGCAUCCGCCGCCUCCCCUCCGCCCAAAGACAGACAGGCAUGCCCGCCCUUGGAGGAAAAGACGAGGGAGAGACAGAGCAAGGAGACAUUUUUUUUUUUGAAGUCCAAGGAAAGAGGGACCAAAAAAUGAAAAAGCAUAUUAAAUACCCAGACUAUUUUAUAUACACACGUAACAAACAAAACCUGGAGGAAAAAGGGGCAACCGUGAGAUCUCGUCUGUGCUGUGGUGGUGUUUUGUUUUUUAUUUUAAAGAAGGGUGAUGAUGCCCACAGCACUAAAACUGCACUCUUAAGGUGUACCCACCCUGAGAUGUCCUACAUGGCAGCGGGGACAGCACCUGCCUCGUCCUCCUCUCUUAAAAAAGAGAGAGAGAGAGAAUCCCCCUCUUUCUUCCACUUCCUCCCUAAGGGCUGCCCAAGAGCUGCGCGGAAACUUUCCUUCCUCGGAGCGACCUGAAAGCAAGCACCAGAUUUCCUCGGGGUCUGACUCUGCUCCAGGACCCUGUUUUUCUUGGCCAUUUUAAAGUCGUUUGGGAAGAGGCAACUCGACUAUGAAAUGGGAAGGAGGGGGAGAAACAGUCUCCAGGAAAAAACAUUCACAGCUUCUGAAAUUAACAGACUGAAUAGCAAAGCCAAAAGAAAGUAUCCUCAAAGUAACCUUGGAAAUAAAAGCAUCGCGAAAGAGCAGAGCAUGGGCAAGGGAGAGCCGACGUCCAGCCGUGAGCGGCGGGAGGCCCGGGGCUGGCCGAGUCCAGCGCGGUUGGGCUGACAGGGAGCGGAGGCCCAGCCUGCGAGGCUGCCCAGCGAGGCCCAGCCACCGAUCCCGGCUUUGCCGGCAGCCGCUCGGGGUGGACCAUCAUGCCUAAAGAUUCCACCGCUAAUAUUUUUUUUAUUAAUAUUUUUUAUUUUUUAUUUCUGGACUGACUCAGAUAAAGGGAUUUAGAAAGACUGAGCACCAGCCGCUGCACUUCUCUUGACUUCUGUCCUCAAUCCUUUGCCAACUUUGAUUGAAUGGGUGCUGUGGAUGUGAUUAUAUAAUACUGCCAUUUCCAAGCAGUGUUUUUGGUAGGUUUUAAUAAACAGACUUUUCAAAAGACGGCAAUAUAGAAUUGUUAGAUCCGUUGUUGAUCUAAAAAUAUUUGCUUUAUAUUUUCAUUAAAUGACUUCUUUUAAUAUUUUAUUCAGAAUACUUAUGAACUGCUGCAAAACGGUAAUUUAUUUUUCCCCAGAUCUUGUAUUACCUGUUUUUUUCAGACGAGCACAAAUCAAAAUGAAAUGAAAAUAUGGACAGUUGUUAGGUAAUAAGGGUAUCUUUUGAUGUGAUCAUUUGAUUGUAAUUUAAUUUGAGUAGUGAUUCCGUAAGAGCUGAUCGAGAAAAUAAAUUUGUUAGAAUGAAAUAGUCUGUGUCUGAUGCGUAAACACUGUGUGGGAAGAAAAGAGUUCUCUAGCAAAUAUUUUUUUUUUACUUAUGCAAAUUUUUAAGUAAUAGUGUUAAGGAAAUAUCGCCUGCUCCACAUAAGGCAAAUUUGGAAAUUGAGAGUAAAGGAUAGGCAUUACUGAAACAGCUGGCAUUUUAACAUAGUGGUCAUUCCUUGUUAAUCCAUAAAUUUCACAAUACUUGUCUCUCCCUAAUUUUACUGGGUGUCUUUAAUGCUUUUUAGUUGAGAUCAUCUAUAAACGCUAGCUCUUUUCUUGAAGGUACCUGUGUUCUUUAUUGAAUGAUUGGACUAUAUCACCAGUAAAAAUGUGCCAACUGGUCAUUAGUGGUUAAUACAUCCCCCCUGAGUUCAGUCUCUCCUUUUUCCUCUCUACCCACAACAUAUUCUUAAGUCUCCUCUCUUUUCUGAAGACUAAUAGUUGUGAAGAAUAGCUUGUAAGUUUAUAAAAUAUUUUGAUAUCAAUUCCCAUAACUAUAUGUAAUUAAAUUUAAAUUAUUGAGCUUUUCUGUUGUUUGGGUUUUUUUUUUUUUUCUUUGAUGAAAGAAUAUAGUUCCCAAACCCUGCUUUUGGUCCAUACUGCAGACCAUCUUUGUGAUUAGCAGCUCAGACUUCUGUGGUUCAGUCUUUUUCCAAUGCGACUUCUUGUCUUCUUUACUGGUGCUAGGGGUUUAGCUUUUGGGGUCACUUUUUGGAUAAACCCUGCAGAAUGGUCACAUCAAGUUAAUGUAUCAAUAUUUACAAUGUGGGAAAAUGAAAGUAAUGCCUUAGGUUGUGGGUACUAAGAUGCAGAGACUCUGCUGGGUUGAGUCCCUAUGUAUUGGAGUGUGCUUGUUUGUUUGUUUGUUUGUUUAACUACUUAAGGGUGAGCAAGCAAUGAUUUUAUAGACCAGUGUCCCUCCAUCUCACUUAACUGUCACUCACUGCCUACUUCUCUCCUCUUCACUCCCUCUGCCUGUGAUAUCCAUGUAGGGGUUAAAAAAUCCCGGAAAACUGUGAGAGAAACAAGGAACAGUUAUUUCUCUUAGGCAGGCCCUGUGUCACUUUCAUAAAUCAAGCCCAGCCAGAUGGCCGUGUAUGGGGUGGCAUUAUUUUAAACACCAAAUCGUACUAAAAAUCACAAUCAUUUUGAUUUGUGAAAUCUGAAAAAGGCCAUAUUUAUUGAACAGAGAGAGGAAAAAAAUGAAGACAGGAAACUACAAUUUACUUCUCCCUGCCUUCCUGUUUCUCAUUUCUCUUGCCUUUGUAAUCACCCAGCCCAGUGAAUUUGCAACCUGGAGUGGGGGUGGGGUGAAGUUCAUCCUUUUUUGAGGGUCUGCAGGGGCGAAAGAAGGCCUCAUGGAAAGCUGAGGAUUGGGCAGGUCAUUUGCAUGUGGUGGUCACUACUGGCACAUCAGAUGGAAUCCUGCUUUUUUCUGCAGGGAUAGUGGUGCUUGAUUAGACAGGGAAUGGGUCUAUUUAAAAUUUUAGGAGGUAUCUUGUUACUUGAUUUAGCUGACAACAAAAGAGCUAACAUUAGAUUUCACACUGUUUUCUAUUAAAAAGCAACCUUUGCUGAUUAUUUUGGAAGAAACCCUGAUUUGGGGGUAGCAGAGUAACUUUUAAUUGGAGAAGAUGGGCAAGCAAGCCCCUUUGGAUUCAUUAUUUUGCAUCUUAUAAAGUGAGCUAAUACUUGGACUCUUUUUUUUUUUUUUAAACUCAACCUUUGAAUGUAUUUGUAAGAUGAAAUUCAUGGUUGAAACACAAAAGAGAGGAGAUAUAACUGAGGUUUUGUGCUAAGGCUUAUAUUGUGACACAUGUAAAUAAUGAAAAUAUUGUUAUAUAUCACCAGAUCUUUUUAAUGAAUUUGGUCAUUGUGUUCCUUUGCAGCGCAAGUGUCUUGUGCUUCGUAAAGUACCCAUUUGUUUCCUCCAUUUCAAUCCAUCCCCCACCUCCCCUUCCAACCCAAAGGAAAGUGACAAAGUUCUGUUCCAUGGGACUGACUAAUCCCAAAUUGGGCCCAUUUAUAGUUGACAGUAUCCUGUGGCUCUUGAUCAGUUGUCCAAGCCUUGGUCAUCUCAUUCACCCAAUCAUCUUGUCCUGGCAAGUCCGUGUGAUCCAUCAUUCAAGGUGUAUUUAAAAUAGUCACUUUGCUGUUGUUGCCCUGAUUUUUUUUUUUUUAAUUUCUUAGUACUUAGCCAAGGACUGUACUUCUUUGUUCCAAAAUAGAACUAUUAUCGAUCUUAGAGGUUCCCUCUGCUUCCCUGUAGCCUCCAGCGUGUGCUCAUUACUAUGCUCAUAAUCUGUUUUGUAUGAAUGGUUUUCAACAUUCAGAGAAUAAUUGGUUCUAAUAUUAAAUGCAGUAUAUACUAUUGAUAGUUUUAUCGAUAAGUGUAAUAUUUUAAAUAAUUUUAACAAUUAAAUUUGUUUUUUAAAUUAUAUAUUUGUAAAGUAUUUAUCCUGUUGGAAGCAACAAUAUAUUGUUGUAUUUAUUCGUUUAUUUUUGUAAUAAAUGAUCAACCUCUUCAAGCUAAAUCAAAAAUGACACUUUUAUAUAUCUAUACAAAAAGCAUUUUAAGAGAUGGGCAUAUUUGUACCAAUUUGUAUGUAAAUAGAGCAAGAUCCAUCAAUAACCUGUAGCUUUCAGGACUAAAUUGAAGGAAGAAACGUUCUCUCCACAUGGAGUUUAGUUUGCCCAAGUUCCAGGG